GAGAGAGAGAGGGGAAGGAUAUAUCGAGUCAAAGCAGCUCUGCUUGCUCCUCAGUGUUGUGAGGGAAGAGACAGAGGACGUGUGAGAAGACAAGAUGGAGCGCUGGAACAGAUGAAGACUGUCACUGGUCCCAUCCGGCGGUCCACAUGAGCGUAUCGAAACCUCCUCCGCCCCACUCCCACUUCGCCCCCCCACCCAACUCUUCCACCUCCUCCCAUCUCUCCAUCCCUCCCUCCUCCUCCACCCCAUCCUCCCCCGCACCUUCUCGUGCUACCUCCUCUGCUCCCAGAUCUCUCCCUCCGCCCUCGCCCGUCAAGAUCUCCAUGCAGGAGCACUUUGCCAUCAACGUGUGCCCGGGGCCCAUAAUGCCUAUCCCGCAGAUCUCCGACUUCUUCCCGCGCUUCCACGACUUUCCCAUGACCCCUCCCCCGCCCCGGGAGAAGAAGAUCCUGAAGGAACCAGAUUUCGGAUUGAGCAAUGGAGGGGAGACGGACGGAGAGAAUAAGGAGAAGGAGAGGAAACCCAUCGAAGAGGACCGGGGGGAAAGGCAAGAAGGGGUGGAUUCGGACGACGAUGAUGAAACUUAUCUGGGCACCCUGGAGUUCACCCUGCUCUUCGAUCACGAGAACAACUGUCUACACUGUACAAUCCACAAGGCCAAGGGACUAAAGGCCAUGGACUCCAACGGACUGGCCGAUCCAUACGUCAAGCUCCACCUCCUGCCUGGAGCAAGCAAGGCGAACAAGCUCCGCACCAAAACACUGAAGAACACUCUGAACCCGGUGUGGAGUGAGACACUGAUGUACCACGGCAUCACCGCUAUCGACAUGACCACCAAAACCCUCAGGCUUUGUGUGUGCGACAUGGACAGGCUCGGUCGUAACGAGUUUAUCGGAGAGGUCCGGGUCGCCUUGAAGAAACUGAGCAAGGGCGAGAGCAAAAGAUUCAAAAUGGGUCUGGAGAGAAUCACACAGAACAAAGACAUCAACAAAGAAACUGUGGAGCAAGGAACACCUGUGGCUGAGGAAGAGCGUGGUCGUAUUCUGGUGUCGCUCUGCUACAGCCCAGAAAAGAGUUGUUUACUGGUUGGCAUCGUACGCUGUGCCCACCUCGCCGCCAUGGACUCCAAUGGGUACUCUGACCCCUUCGUCAAGAUUGUGCUGCAGCCUGAUAUGGGGAAAAAGUCGAAGUACAAAACCACAGUGAAGAAGAAAACUCUCAAUCCCGAGUUUAAUGAGGAGUUUGUUUACGAAGUUCCACACGACCAGCUGGCGAAGAAAACCCUGGAGAUCUCCGUAUGGGACUACGAUCUGGGGAUGAGCAACGACUUCAUAGGUGGAGUUGAACUGGGCAUAAAUGCCAAGGGGGUGAGGCUGAAACAUUGGUUUGAGUGUCUCAAACACAUCGGCAAGAAAGUCGAGUACUGGCACGCCCUCACGCAGCAAGGAGCCCCUCCAGAGCCCCCCCCGCAGUGACUGACACACACACACUUUAUCGCAAUUAUUAAAUGAUAAUCAAUGAAUGGUGAAGAAAGAACAAAACAAUAAAGUAACAAAGUAAUAAUAGUGAUAAAACAUGCAAUAAUGAGAUGGAUAAUAAUGAUAUAAUAAUAACAAUAUUAAUUAUAAUAGAAAUAAUAAUAGUGGGUAAUUAUCCCAAUUGAGCUUUUUUCUAAGUAAAUACAUUUGUGAAAAUGUCCCUCAUUGAAAUGUUUAACGUGAAAGUGCCAACCAAUUUGACCUUAGCCCUCAAUAUUGUGACGUCACUUGCAUUUCAGCCAUUCAAAUGUACAUGAACAGUGUAGAACCUCUUACUUGCACUCUAACUCCAACACUGGAACAGUCUGUGAGCGCCUGUGGGCCCAUUGCCCAACAAGGUCUUGUUACGAACGUUGUAAUCGCCAGGUUGUUUCUACCAGGGAUGUAGUUGAAAAAGGUGGGUAAGAGAUGAUUGGCAUCUAGCAACGCUAAUGCUAACUGCUCUAACAGUUCUAGGACGUGUGGGCGACUGCAUACUUGGUGUGUCUCUGAAAGUGGCCGUGGCGAAUAAAGUGGGUGGAUCGACAGCGAUGGGUGUGACAUCAGCGCUCUGUUAUUGGUUAGACGGUUUUGACUGAGCGGUGUUGUUGUUUUUUCUCUCGUUUCUUCGUUGCUUGGACUUCAGUUUUGAAGCCAGAAGAUGAGUCCAAAUUGUAUUUUACCGCUACAAAGAAUUGUAUGUUUUCAGUGAAUAAAACUGACAACUUUUUUUUUUUAUUCAUUAAAAGUACUGAUGACGGGUGUACUGUUGCUUGUAUGUGUUGUAUCUGUGUGCUUACUGUGACUGUCACCCUGAUCUUGGCUACAAUAAGUAACUACUUCCCACACCUUUGUGGGACAAAAGUGCUUAGCGAGCGGAAGCAAAGGACACUGUGUCCCGGUGUUGUUGCCGUUCAUGCCCUCCCUAUUGAGUAGACCGUAUCAAUGUGACACCGAGAUAGUUAGCAAUAUUUGUUAUGUAUUGUGUAGGUUGCCAUCCUACUUGAAAUAAAAAUAAUGAGAGGGCAAAAAAUGGCCGUGUUAGCUACUGCUGGCGACACAGCUGAUACAGCUGCCUAGUGGGAAGCGCCCUCAGGUUGGCAGACACCUCGAUACAACAGUAACGGUGCACUAGUCAUUCUUACUGGCUUAUACACUCCUCGUGCGGCCCAAUCAGCCAUGCAAAGCGAUCUUUAGCGCCAACAAAUCUGCCUAAUUAGCUGAUUCACUUUCCACUAACCUACUUGUGUUGAUCCAACCACUUCUUUUCCACUUCAUGUCCACUUUCAGACACACUCCACGUAUGCAGUUACCCAUGACUCAGUUCUAGCAUUAACUGUACCAACAGCGCUAACAAUGCUAACAGUACUAACAGCGCUAAAAGUACUAACAGCACUAGCAAUGCUAACAGUACUAACAGCGCUAACAGUGCUAGUGCUAAUUUAGCGUAAUAGUUGUGAAAACAGUAUUCACCAAGGUGCGUUAAAAGCAUUAGCAUGUGUUUACCCUCCUCUGCAUCCCUGAUUUACUUCACAAAGUACCCAAGUGAUGAGGACAAGUUGGAUAAGUCACCUGCUAUAGAUUUUUUAUUAUGGUGGUUGUCGCUCUGAUGAAAACUGGCACACCAUAGCGUUGAAGCACAAAAGGUUCCGUCUGACUGUACUGUCACUGUGUACUUGUCCGAUGUCUGUACGUGAUGACAGUGGGUGUCUGUAUCUCCCCAUAUCCUCCUGUGUGUAUGAGUAUGUGUCUUUGUGUGUGAGUGAGUUGUUGUGUGUGCAUACAUUUUGCAUACAAAUGUGAGUGUGUGUGGACGUGCGUUUCAGUGUGCAUGUGGGUUUGACUGUAAGCGUGUCACGUCCUUCUCCAAAUGUCUCCAUCCGUGAACCCUGAAGCAUGGAGCUGUGAAGAAAGACAGAACAAAAGAGACGAGACUCACUCCUACAGUACGAGACUCACUCCUAUGUUCCCUGGAUGUUCCCUAUGUUCCCUGUCCCCAUGGUCUAACAAACUGAUGUCCUGUCACAUGUGCAACAGUAUGGCUGGCAGUCCAGUGAGUCAAUUUUCCUUGGUGACAGUCACACAAGAUAACCCUCAGUCUGAAUUAUUCUCUGACCCCUGCUCUGUGCCCUUUGACCUUUGAAUUUUAGUGAAUUGAAAGCCAGAGAGCACAGAGAGAUUUCUGCGGCAGUCUCAAACAAACUAUAGCCCCCUACUCUAAAGAGGGGUUAUCAGAGGUUAUCAAAUAACAAUUAUUGGGUGUGCAGGCUUUUGCUCCAGCUCCAGCCUAAUGCAGUCUGGACGACAAUAAGUGUCAUCGGGUGUGUUCAUGCUGGCCUGGAAUAAAAGCAUGAACAUCCCAGUAGCUCUCAAGGAGAGUUUCCUUCUAGUUCUCUGCGCCCUUACGGUAAGAUUUUAUUUAUAAAUGACAGGAUUUUUUUCAAUUUCGGUGAGUCUCUUUUAGACAUUCAAAUGUUCCAUCUUGGAGAAAAAAUAAGAAAAAAACUAUUUGUGUGAAAAAUAUGGCAAAAACUCCAUCUAUAGCCAAAGGAAUAGGUUAAUUUGACAUUUGAUCAAUGUCUAAGAUGGGGAAUUCAAGAAGUGUCUAGGUCUAGGAGUGUCUAGGUCUGGGAGUUUAGGUCUAGAAGUGUCUAGUUCUAGGUCUACAAGUGUCUAGGUCUAGUAGUGUCUCGGUCUAGGAGUUUGGGAAACUAUGCGAGAGAGACUACCCAGGCUGUUUUUCUGAGAGAGGACUACCAUGGAGCUUAAAAAACUACUAUGGGUUGGUUGGACAACAGAGUUCCCGGGGAUGGACAACAGAGACCCCCCCCCCCCCCUCCCUCCCCCCGCCUUGUGAUGGAUUUCCCAAGAGGAAAGAGAGAUUGGCUGUGAUGAGUUAUACUCAGCAUGGCAACAAUCCCUCCCAGAGGCUUGACCACUGGACUGUGUGGACAAUCAUGGACUAAAAUACCUGCAGGAUCAAAGGAUACCGACACAACGUUUGUGUGUGUGUGUGCAUGCUUGCAAGUGUGUGUGUUUGUGCGUUGUGUACAUGUCUGUGUGUGUGUGUGUGUUCAUGCACUGAAUCUGAACACACUCAUGGACACCCCUCUCCCCCACCCUCCCUUGCAACAAAAAAAAAACACUGCCAUAAAUGUAGACAGUGACCUCUCACCAUGGAUUCCUUUACCAGAGACAGACCUCGAGGGGUUAACCACCCUAAGGACAGAGGCCCAAUCCUGUGGCCCCUGGCUACAGUUUGGACACCUUAUAGUUCCAACGUUGGUCCACUAAAGCACACUAUUACCCUGUUCACACUACUGAGCCAAACACAGCCAAGUCAAGCCAAGCUGUACUGCACUGGCCUGGUAACUCAUCUACUGUAGUUGUUUGAAUGAAAAAAGGACAAUGUGAAAAGAAAAUUACCCAGGCCAGCACAGUAUGGUUUGCGUCAGCCCGUGUAGUGUGAAUUAGACAUCUCAGUCAGUCAACAGUCUCCUGGACUUUUUCUUACUUUCUAAUCGUUGUCUGGGAUCUCUCUGUUCGUAAUUCUGUACUUGGACAAAAGUGUGAAUGAGGGCAUCAUGACGGAUAGCAAAAAAAAAAAUGGUUCAACAUGGCUCGAGGUCAAAUGUGACACGGAUCGUGGAUCAUCAAAGCUAGGGACUGAACUCUGAGACCACGAGUGAGAAGUUCAGCUCAUCUGGUCUUUUGCGGUCACCAAGAACACACGUUGAGAGACCUUGACAAAGAUGGUGGUGGAGUGGAGAGGGCGGAAUCUGUUCUUCUCUAUGCACACCAAUGACGACACAGAAAUCCUCUCCACACGCAGCAACAACAGUGAAGUUGAUAAUCAAUUGAUAAACAUCUCCGAUGUCACUCUGUGAUAUGUUGUCAAAGAUGCAUUCAUGGGUUUUUUUUGUACGCAAUACUGAGUAUGUAUACAAUGGGUGGGUCUAAUCCUGAAUGCUGAUUGGUUAAAACUGCAUCCCAGCCGGUGUCUAUUCCACAAGUUACUUAGUAUGUAUGUACUUCCCUCUCCGGGAUAUUCCUUAUCAUGUGAAGCCAGGCUUGGACUUGGAGAUAUUUAUUAUCUUGUCCAGGUGAUCUGAUUGGUUUAUUUUCACUCAGAUUCUCUGUAUCUCUGCCUUUUACUUAUUGUCGGUCAAAGCCAACUCGACUUUGUUCAUCAUGUGACAUAAACAAACCAUAUGCAUCAUAACAUUCUAAUAAAGAAUUGCAUGUGUAACGAUUGUCAUAUAUAUGCACAUGUAACUAACAUUGUGACUAACAUUGAUCAAUGGCAAUUUCUUUAGGGUUGACAUCAUUGACAUGGUAUCAUCAAUCAAAUAUGUUUGAGCUAUCAUCGCUGAUGUGUACUUGUUGGUUUGUAAUUUUUGUUUGUAAAAAAAAAAAAGAAGGGAUAAUUCAGGGUAAGAUGCUCAAUUUAACGCUUUACUCGGUCCGCAGUUGCUUUAAAACCUUUAGCGUCGGGGAAUGGGGAGACAGGGCGGAGCGGGAGGACUAUUGUUACAGCAUCCCUGUGUACUCACUGACGUAAUGGCUAUCUCUAUGUGGAACAUACGAUGUGAUUGACAUCCUGUGGUGAGUUUGUGGAACUACUUUAAAAAAAAUAAACUGAAGAGUGAUUUAAAUAGCACAUUCGUCCAAAAAGAUGUCCAUACCACAUGUGGAGAGAUGUCAACUUUUAUUAUUUGAUAAGUCAUGCAUUUUGUGACAACCUAUAGCAAGCCCUCCCGAGUAUUUCUUUUAAAACACUUUGACAGUCAUUCUACGAAGUUACAAUGAACAUGUAACUUCAUAGAAGGAAGUUGUCCUUUUCU